AUGGGCUUCCUGUUCCAGCUCCUUCUCCUGGCCUUAAGUUUCCCUCCAGGCCAGGCCUCAUGGGAUGUCUCCAGUCCCCAGAAGGUGCAGGGUGUGAAGGGGUCCUGCUUGUUCAUCCCCUGCAUCUUCAACUUCCCUGCUGACGUGGAGGUGCCAAACGGCAUCACAGCCAUCUGGUACUAUGACUAUGCGGGCAAGCGGCAGGUGGUGAGCCACUCAGAGCACCCCAGCCUGGUGGAGGCGCGCUUCCGUGGCCGUGCUCAGCUGAUGGGGAGACCAGAGCACAAGGUGUGCAACUUGCAGCUGAUCGACCUGCAGACCGAAGACUCAGGUUCCUACAACUUCCGCUUUGAGAUCAGUGAAGGCAACCGCUGGUCAGAUGUCCAAGGCACCAUGGUCACUGUGACAGAGGAUCCCCUCAUUCCUACCAUUGCCUCGCCGGCCAAGCUGCAUGAAGGCAUGGAGGUGGACUUCAACUGCUCUACUCCCUACAUGUGCCUAAAGAAGCCAGUCAACCUGGAGUGGCAUGGCCAGGACCUGGCUCACUCUGUCACCUCCACCCUCCAGAUUCUGGAGCCCACUGGCAUCAACUACCAGGAGACCCUCCACACAACCCUGUCCUGGCAGGACCAUGGCCGGACCCUGUACUGCCAGCUCUCGGUGGCUGGCCGCAGGGUACAGGGCGAGAUACACCUUCAAGUGCAGUAUGCCCCCAGGGGAGUGGAGAUCCUCCUCAGCCCCUCAGGGCAGAACAUCCUCCCAGGUGAACCGGUCACGCUCAUCUGCCAGGUGAAUAGCAGCUACCCAGAGGUCAAGUCUGUGCAGUGGGUCAAGGAUGGUGUGCCCCUCGAAGCCAAGAGUCGUGUGUUGCGGUUGCCCCAGGCCACCUGGGCUGAUGCUGGCAUCUAUACCUGCCAAGUUGAGAAUGUCAUGGGUUCUGCCAUCUCAACCCCCAUCAGCCUCCAUGUUUUCAUGGCUGAGGUCCAGGUGAGCCCAGCAGGUCCCAUCCUGGAAAACCAGACAGUGACACUGACCUGCAACACGCCCAGUGGGGCACAGAGCGAGAUCCACUACAGCUGGUACAAGAACCAGCUCCUGUUGAAGGACGCCCACACCCGCACCCUCCAGCUGCAUCCGGCCACCAGGGCUGACACUGGCUUCUACAUCUGCGAGGUGCAGAAUGCCCAGGGCAGUGAGCGCUCGGGCCCCGUCAGCGUGGUGGUCAAGCACCCACCCCUCACCCCGGACCUGACUACUUUCCUCGAGACACAGAUGGGGCUCGUGGGCAUCGUCCACUGCUCCGUGGUCAGUGAACCCCUGGCCGCCCUGGUACUGUCACGUGGGAGCCUCAUCCUGGCCUCCACUUCUGGGGACGGUGAGCACAGUCCACGCUUCAGUGUCUCCUCUGCUCCCAACUCUCUGCGCCUGGAGAUUCGAGACCUGGAGCCAACUGACAGUGGGGAAUACAAGUGCCUGGCCACCAAUUCUCUUGGAAAUGCGUCCUCUACCCUGGACUUCCACGCUUAUGCUGCCCGCAUCCUCAUCAGUCCGGCUACAGAGGUGGUGGAAGGGCAGGCAGUGAGGCUGACCUGCAGGAGUGGCCUGAGCCAUGGGCCUGACACCCGCUUCUUCUGGUACCGGAAUGGAGCCCUGCUUCUUGAGGGAUCUAGCAGCAGCCUUGUACUCCCCGCGGCCUCCAGCACCGAUGACGCUGGCUCAUACCACUGCCGGUUCCAGGAUGGCCACACCUCCAGCGGCCCCUCCUUACCUGCUGUCCUCACUGUGCUCUAUGCCCCACGCCAGCCCAUGCUCACCGCCCGACUGGACCCUGACGCUGCUGGAGCCAGGGCUGGACGUCGAGGUCUCAUCUUGUGCCGUGUGGACAGUGACCCUCCGGCCCAGCUUCAGCUGCUCCACGGGGACCAGUUUGUGGCCUCUUCCCUGCCAUCAUGUGGGGGCUGUUCCCAGCGCAUAAAGGUCACUAGAGCCCCCAACUUUCUGCGUGUGGAGAUUCACAACCCGGUUCUGGAGGACGAGGGGGAAUACCUGUGCGAGGCGAGCAAUGCCAUGGGCAAUGCCUCAGCCUGGGCAACCUUCAAUGCUCAAGCCACCGUCCUGGUCAUCACACCAUCGGACACGCUGCAGGAGGGCAUGGCAGCCAACCUGACUUGCAUUGUGAGCCGAGAGGCUGCCGACAGCCCUGCCAACUUCUCCUGGUUCCGGGAUGGGGUACUGUGGAGCCAGGGUCCCCUGGAGACAGUGACCCUGCUGUCCGUGGCCCGGACUGAUGCCGCCCGCUAUGCCUGCCACAUCGUCACUGGGGCUGGGGCCCGGCUCUCUGCCCCUGUGGUCCUGAGUGUGCUCUAUCCCCCAGAUCCACCAACGCUGACAGCCCUCCUAGACAUGGGCCAGGGCUAUGUGGCUGUGUUUGUUUGCACGGUGGACAGCCGUCCCCCAGCCCAGCUGACCCUAUUCCACGAGGAGCGCCUCCUGGCCACUAGCCCAGGGUCCCAGCUCCCAUCCCAUGGCCGGCUGCAGGCCAAGUCCACAGCCAAUUCCCUGCAGCUGGAGGUUCGAGAGCUGGGCCCUGGGGACUCUGGCAGCUACCGCUGUGAGGCCACAAAUGUUUUUGGAUCAGCCAACACCUCCCUCUUCUUCCAGGUCCGAGGAGCCUGGGUCCAGGUGUCACCAUCACCUGAGCUCCAGGAAGGCCAGGAAGUGGUUCUGAGGUGCCAGGUACCCACAGGGGUCCCGGAUGGGACCUCAUUUCGCUGGUAUCGGAAUGGCCAGCUCCUCCAGGAGCCCACCUCAGCCACACUCCGCUUUGCAGCCAUUACUUCAAGCCAAGCUGGAGCCUACCACUGCCAAGCCCAGACCCUGGGCUCAGCCACCACGAGCCUGGCCACCCCUGUCAGCCUCCACGUGUCCUAUGCACCCCGCCAGGCCAUGCUCACUAUCCUGAUGGACACGGGCCCUGGGCGACUGGGCCUCCUUCUGUGCCAUGUGGACAGUGACCCUCCAGCCCAGCUGCAGCUGUUCCAUGGGGACCACCUUGUGGCCUCUACCACACAGCAUUUGGGAGACCCUUCAGGCAGCUCCCCUCGGCUGCAGGUGACUGUGGCCCCCAAUGCUUUACGCCUGGAAAUCCAUGGUGCAGUGCUGGAGGAUGAGGGUGUCUACACCUGUGUGGCCACCAAUGCCCUGGGCCGGACUUUGACUUCGACAGCCUUUGAUGCGCAGGCUGUGAGUGUGCAGGUAUGGCCUGAAGCUACAGUGCAUGAGGGCCAGCUGGUAAACUUGACCUGCCUGGUAUGGACCCACCUGGUCCAGCUCAACUACACAUGGUAUCAGGAUGGGAAGCAGCGCCCAGGCACCCGCUCCAUCAUCUUGCCCAAUGUCACAGUCACGGAUGCGGCUUCCUAUCGCUGUGGUGUGGAGACCUCUGGCCAGGCACCCCGCCUCUCCAGACCUGUCCCCCUGGAUGUCCUCUAUGCACCCCGUGGCCUACAUCUGACCUACCUUCUGGAGAGUCAUGGUGGGCAGCUAGCCCUGCUCCUGUGCACUGUGGACAGUCGUCCACCUGCCCAGCUAGCCCUCAGCCAUGCUGGCCGCCUCCUGGCUUCCUCGACCACAGACUCUGUCCCCAACACCCUGCGCCUGGAGCUGUGGGAGCCCAAGCCCAGAGAUGAGGGCCUCUACAGCUGUUCUGCCCACAGCCCUCUGGGCCAGGCCAACACAUCCCUGGAGCUACAGCUAGAGGGAGUGCGGGUCACCCUGGCUCCAUCAGCCUCUGUGCCCGAGGGGGCCCCCGUGAUGGUGACCUGUGAGGAUCCUGCUGCCCACCCACCCACCCUCUAUGCUUGGUACCACAAUGGCCAUUGGCUGCAGGAGGGGCCAGCUGCCUCCCUCUCAUUCCCAGUUGCUACGCGGGCUCACGUGGGUGCUUACUCCUGCCAGGCCCAAGAUGUUCAGGGCACACGCAGCUCCCGGCCUGCUGCCCUGCAAGUUCUCUAUGCUCCCCGUGAUGCUGUCCUGUCCUUUUUCCGGGACUCGCGGACCAGCCCCGCGACUGUGGUGCAGUGCACUGUGGACAGUGAGCCGUCUGCUGAGCUGACCCUGUCCCAUGAUGGCCAGGUGCUGGCCACCAGCCAGGGGGCCCAUGGCUUGGCAUCAGGGACAGGCCCUGUCCAGGUGGCCCGCAACGCCCUGAGGCUGCAGGUGCAAGAGGUGCCAGCAGGGGAUGAGGGCAUCUAUGUCUGCACAGCCCGUAACUCACUGGGCUCAGUCAGCACCACUGGGCAGCUUCGGGCUGAAGGUGUGCAUGUGGUGGCAAAGCCAGGCCUGGACCUUCCUGAGGGCACAGCAGUGAACCUGAGUUGCUGCCUCCCGGAUGGCCACGGACCCCUGGGCAACACCACCUUCACUUGGUUCUGGAAUGGCCGGCGACUACUUGUGGACCCUGUGCCCACGCUUUUUUUCACCUCUGUGGCCCGUACCCAGGCUGGGAUGUACCACUGUCAGGCCGAACUCCUCUCUGGGGCUGCCACCUCUGCUCCAGUUAUGCUCCGUGUGCUCUACCCUCCUGAGACACCCACCUUGACAGUCUUUGUGGAGCCCGAGAGUGGCCUCCAGGGCAUCCUGGACUGCAGAGUGGACAGCGAGCCACGUGCCAGCCUGACCCUUCACCUUGGCAGUCGAUUGGUGGCAUCCAGCCAGGUCCGAGGCAUUCCUGCUGAGCCCCACAUCCACGUCUCAGCCUCUCCCAAUGCCCUACGGGUGGACAUGAAGGCACUAAGGCCCUUUGAUGAGGGGGAAUACGUGUGCACUGCCUCCAAUGCCCUGGGCUCCACCUCAGCCUCCACCUACUUUGGGGCUAGAGUUCUACACCGCCUCCAGCUGUUCCAGCAGCUCCUCUGGGUCCUGGGGGGACUGGCUGGCAUCCUCCUCCUGCUGUUGGGCCUGGGGGCCUGCUACUCCUGGAGAAGGAGGCUCUUUCAUAAGCGGAGCUCAGGCCAGAAUUCGGUGGAGAUGACUUUUCAGAAUGAGACCACACAGCCCAUUGAUCCUGCCACAGCCACAGUUGGGACCUUGCGCUGUGCUCCGACCCUGAGCUGA